AUGUUAAAGCGAAUGGCCACAAACACCGAAGAUAUGACCAUAGGAAUUGAAAGCAAACUAUUGUCUCAUAAGAAGUGGAAGAAUAACCACAAGAAAAGAGUUGGUCUCAGAAGUGAUGCAAACAGAAGACAAUCAAUGGACAGAUUCGGUGAUGAUUUGUGUCAACUAUUGUUGUCUUAUUUGCCGAUCAAAGAGCGGUUCCGAUACGAAGAGGUGUCCAAACAGUGGCAGAGAGGGAAAAACAUUAUGUUUGUGACAACUGCUGAUCGGGUCUAUGGGUUGGGCAGUAAUAGUGAGGGAGUGUUGGGUUUGGGACACAACCGACCCAUACAUACACCCGAAGAAUUUAUCAUUGGAUUAGAUUUUGUAUUGGCUUUGAAUAGCGAUCAACAAAUGUUUGGCUGGGUUAUGGCUCUGACAUCGGAUGGACGGGAUCAUGAAACCAAUCGGAGACCGAAUUACAGGGAAAUGUUUGAACAGUUGAUAGGUUUAGGUUCCGGUGCUUUCGGUGAUGUGUUUAAAGUGAGGCAUAAACACAAUCGAAGCAAAUAUGCGAUUAAAAAAUGCCAAUUAAAAUGUAAUAUUUCUUUUAGUUUGAAUGAAGAAACCAAACAAAGUGUUUUGAGAGAAACGGAUAACUUGUCAAAAUUACGCUCAGAAUAUGUCAUUCAAUACCACUAUUCGUGGUUUGAAAGCAACUGUUUAUACAUUCAAAUGGAUUGUUUGACCGGAAAUUUAACACAAGUUUUAAAAUCUAAGAAACAAUUGUUUGGGAAAAUAAUGACUGAAUUUGAAUAUUAUAUUUCAUAUGAAAUAUUCAAACAAUUGGUCGAAAGUGUGGAGUAUUUACACAAAAAUAAUAUCAUUCACAGAGACCUCAAACCCGAUAACGUGUUGAUUGCAAACAAUACUCUCUGGAAUAGACACCGAUUUAUUAAGUUAUGUGAUUUCGGUUUGUCUAAAGAAGUGAAAGCAUUGAGUGAUGCAUACAAUCAAAGUAUCGCUAAACACACCGCAGAUGUGGCCCUAUAUAUGGCACCCGAAGCACAGUUUGGCACCGAUUAUAACCACUUAAUAGAUGUCUAUAGUCUGGCACUCAUUGGCAAUAAUGGCCAUGCAUGUCUAGGUUUUGGACACAACAGACCUAUACUAUCACCAAAACUGAUCCCAGAAUUAUGUGAUCAAAACAUACAAUACUUUGUCAAUGGAAGUGGUUUUGUGUUAGCAGUUUGGGUGUAG